AUGUAUAGAAUACGAAGGUAUAAUCUCAGUCGAUCAAUCGGUAUUUUGAUUAAACAUAUUAAUUUGGAUACAAAAAAAAAAAUUUACAGCACAGUUAUACCGGUUUGGAAUAUCAUACUAAACAUUUACUCCUUAUCAUUUUCAAGAAUGGCCAAUUAUGUGGAGGACAUUGAAAACCCCUAUGAGCUUACCAACACAACUAAGCAUGGGAAUGGUAAUUCUGACUUCAGCUCGAUAGUUGAACAUAAUGUCAGAAAGACGAGCAACACAAUUAUCUCCUCAGGUAAUUUAUCUUCAAACAACACACAAGUUACGGACAAUUCAGUCUCGAAGACACGUCCCGGUGACAUUUUAACUGAAUUCAAGUUCGAUGGUGAACCAGCAUCUAUCUUUAGAUUGUUAGAGUUCGUUGAUGACUUAAAGUUGAAAUUACAACUAGGAGGGAUACGGCAGGAUGCUGAUAAGAUUUCUGUCUUGAUAAAUAAUUGCAUUGGAGAUGCAAGAUUUUGGUUACAAAAUGUCUUUAAAGUAGACAUGGGUGAUGAUUUCGAGAAGGUCCUGAAGGAAUUCAUGGAUCAUUAUCGGAACCAAAUCAAUGCUCAUCGGUUGUUGGAUGAGCUAUUGUCCCUAAGAGACAAUGGAGACUUGAAUGCGUACAGUAAUGAUUUUGCUAAGAAGGCAAGAUAUUUACCGGAUGGUUGGAUGAAUGAUGAGGCUUUGGCUGCUUUGUAUUUAAGAGGUGUCAACCCUGUAAUAUAUAGGGCUAUGCUACAUCAUGGUACGAAGAAUGUCACUUUGAGAGAAAUGAUGAAUAGAGUAAAGGAAUUUGCCGCAAACACAUCUUUUGAAGAACCUGUAAUAACAUCUGAGAUGAACGCUUCUUCACCAUUAUUACCAUUGGGGCCAAGGGAUCAGUUUCUUCAUAAACGCACAGUGGCAGAUCUGGAACAUACUCACUACUAUGAAUCUAAACGUGCCAGAAAUGAAUCAGUUUCAUAUCGAGAGCAAGGACCCAUUUUGACCCACAAAGAGAAACGCAGGGUUGCAAUUGAUUUAAAUUUAUGUUUUGUUUGUCUCCAAAAUGGUCAUAGUGCCAGAGAUUGUCCUCAGAAAAGGGUAGGUAACUAA